AUGAGUAAACAUACGUUUCAAAACAAAACACACGUGCUCUUGAGUUCAGUCUGCGUGAUUCGAGGUUUUUCUAGAUCGAAACAAAAUGUGUUCGUCUGUGGAUCUUGGAUUCAUUGAAUCAAUUGAACCUUGGUUGCUUUAUAGCAAUUACUUUCCCAGUAAAGUUGGUGGAACACCAUCUUGGCUAGAAUUAGGGAAUAUUCCUUGUGCUAAGGAUCUGUUGUGUGAUUCGUGCAAUGAACCCUGCUCAUUCUUAUGCCAGGUUUACGCACCACUUGAAGAGAAACCGAAUUGUUUCCACAGAACACUAUUCGUUUUCGUUUGUUUGAACGCGUCUUGUUAUGAGCCGAACCAGAACAGAAACAUCAAAGUAUUUCGAAGUCAGUUACCCUUGAGGAAUGCGUAUUAUGAUUGCAAUCCUCCCAACGAAGAAGAACCAGCGGAUCCGAUUAAAUCUUCUGUUCCACUUUGCGUAGUUUGUGGCUGUCGCGGACAACAGCUAUGUUCAAAGUGCAAAAAGGCCAACUAUUGUGGCGUUGUACAUCAGCGUAUCGAUUGGAAGAACGGUCAUAAAACGCAAUGCGGAACCAGCGAGGAAACCACACCGGCCUCUUUUAUUGGAUCUGUUUUAUUCCCCGAGUCAGGAAUUGUUAUUGAGCCGGAAGAAAUGGAUUCACAAGAAAAACUUUCUGAAGAAGAAAAAGAAAAGAAGCAGAUGCAAGAGUAUACAAAAAUGGUGGAAGAGAGAAAUAUUGGGGAACUAAGCGAAUUAUCGGAGAAUGAGUUUGACCAAUACUCUGAGCAGGUUGAAGACAAACAUUUUGCUGAGUUCAAGAAGCGAACUGCAAAUGAGCCCCAACAGAUUCUUCGAUACCAUCGUGGAGGCGUGCCACUUUGGCUGUCUCCAAAAAUUCCCGAAGAAAUUCCUCCAUGUGAAGAGUGUGGAAGCCGGAGAGUUUUCGAAUUUCAGAUAAUGCCACAGCUGCUGAACCAUCUGAAAAACGACAACAUUGACUGGGGCACUUUGGCCAUCUACUCUUGCGAGCAAAGCUGCGAUUCUACAACCCGAUCGUAUAUGAGAGAAUUUGUCUACAAACAGGAUGUCAUCAACACAGACCAAUCUUAAUUUUAUCAAGCUUGGAACACAAACGGAUAAGAAAAAAUGGAUCAUUGUAUUACAAAAGGUGUUCUUCGAAAAUAAAACUAUGUCUGUAUGUUUAUAUGUUCUGUAUGUCCGUUAAAAUAGUAAA